AUGGCGCAGUCUGAUUCUGUAAACGAUGCUAAUGUAUUGGAAAAUAUUACAGAAAUCUUGGAUGGGCUCUCGAAAGAGGUUCAAGAAUUGUAUGCAUUCAGAGACCUAUAUUUUGAAAACAAUUCACUCGAACUAGCAGCAGAGAAGAAUAAAUAUGUUGAAGAGAAAAAGAAUUUGCUAGUUGAGAAAUUUGAAUCUAUAGAUGUUGAUACCCAAGUUCCUUUUUCACUCCGAGCACAGUUCCUCCUUUUAAAAGGUCGAUGCUAUAACAUCAGUACUACAUACGACGCAAGGGCAUCCCAAUGUCUUAGCAAAGCAGUAAAAUUAAACCCUCACCUUGUUGAUGCUUGGAAUGAAUUAGGCGAGUGCUACUGGAAAAAUAUGAAUGUUAAAGAUGCGAAGGCUAGCUUUGAAGGUGCCCUGAAACAUGAACGAAACCGUCUUUCACUACGUUGUCUUUCAAUCAUUCUUCGACAAGAAAGUAGUGGCAAAAAGCGCAGUGAAGCAGUUUCCCUGAUCCUGAAAAGUGUUGAAUUAGCCAAGGAGGCAGUUUCGCAGGAUAUUAAAGAUGGUGUUUCAUGGGCAGUAUUGGGCAAUGCAUAUCUUUGCCAAUUCUUCACAGUAGCGCAAGAUCCAGCUACCUUGAAGUUGUGCUUGAGUGCAUACAAGCAAGCAUGGUUGGAUCCAGUAGCUAAAGGACAACCUGAUUUGUAUUACAAUAAAGGAAUUGCAUUAAAGUACGAAGAGAAUUACGAUGAGGCGUUGGAGAACUUCGAUUACGCCUGUCGUUUGGAUCCGCCGUGGCAGCCGCCACAAACCGAACGCACAAAACUGGUGCAAUAUUUGACCGAUACGAAUGACUUGGUGCGCACACGUGGAAAACUCAAAGCCAAGCGCUUUGCACAAAUGGUGCAGUCCCUUGAUAAGAAGAUGCUGGAUGUUUACGGACCGGGCAAUUUUCAUACAUUUGGUACGCGGCGUAACGUCGUUUUGGAGUAUUCACGUUUGGAUGCGUUAGUGGAAGGCGCUAAUGAGGGCAAAGUCGUGCUGGGGAGGGUGGUCGGCUCCAUACACAAUGGGAAUGCUGUUCCUUUCACAUUUGCCAUAGUUGACGAGAGUAAGGAGUGCGUUUGUGUGACUGUAUAUAACUGGGCAGAUGGACGUGGAGCGAUUAUUGGAGACUGUGUUGCCAUUCCGGAGCCAAAUCUAAGAGUGCACAAACUUGAUUCUAAACUAGCGACAUACAACUUUAAAUCAAUAAGGCUCGAUAACCCAAUGCUGCUACUAAUUAAUGGCAAACGAGUUGGUAGGAACCAAUUUGCUUGCACCCGUGUUUCCAGCACGUACGAGAUUCACUGA